AUGUCGUCAUGCUGGGUAUGCGCAUCGUGCAAACACGUUCGUCAUGCUCACCAGUUGAAACGGACGCCACGCUUACAUGAUUAUAUAGCGAUGACAUUUGUUCUAAAAUGGCGUUUAAUCUUAAAAUUUUCAAAUCAAAAAAUUUGUUUACAACAAAAAUUAAUUCGAACUAUAUCAAAUGCAAAAUUACAUGAAGUUGGAAUAUUUAGUACAUUGAAACCAACAGAAAAUUAUGAAACAGGACAGGUAAUCAAAACUAUGUUUAAUUCUAAUGCUGAUUAUCAAUCAGAAAUUGUUAGAAUAUUUUUUUUAAUUUUUGAAUAA